GCCGCGCAGUGCACUAGGGGGCUUAAGGGGCCCUUCCCUGCGCGGUGCCUUGUGGGAAAGAGGCAGAGUUCGGUGGAUGGUUGUUUGUCACUUCAGCUGGAUCCGUUAAUAUCUCAAGAGAAGCGACAAUGCCGGAGCGAGACAGUGAGCCGUUCUCGAACCCUUUAGCCCCAGAUGGCCAUGAUGUGGAUGAUUCUCAUUCUUUUCACCAGUCUAAAUUGACCAAUGAAGACUUUCGUAAGCUUCUUAUGACUCCGCGGGCAACACCAACAUCUGCACCACCUUCAAAAUCUCGCCAUCAUGAAAUGCCAAGAGAGUACAAUGAAGAUGAAGAUCCAGCCGCUCGUAGGAGAAAGAAAAAAAGCUAUUACGCAAAACUACGCCAACAAGAAAUUGAGCGAGAGAGGGAAUUGGCCGAGAAAUACAGAGACCGUGCCAAGGAAAGACGCGAUGGUGUCAACAAAGAUUAUGAAGAAACAGAACUAAUCAGUACAACUGCCAAUUACAGGGCAGUAGGACCCACUGCAGAGGCGGAUAAAUCAGCAGCAGAAAAGAGGCGGCAAUUGAUUCAGGAGUCCAAAUUCUUGGGUGGUGACAUGGAACACACUCACUUGGUGAAGGGUCUGGAUUUUGCUUUGUUGCAAAAGGUACGGGCAGAGAUUGCCAGCAAAGAAAAAGAAGAAGAAGACCUAAUGGAAAAGCCCCCAAAAGAAACUAAGAAGGAUGAAGAUCCUGAAAAUAAAAUUGAAUUCAAGACUCGCUUGGGCCGUAACAUCUAUCGGAUGCUAUUCAGGAACAAGGCAUAUGAGCGGAAUGAGCUCUUUCUGCCAGGACGAAUGGCUUAUGUGGUGGAUCUUGAUGAUGAGUAUGCUGACACAGAUAUUCCCACAACCUUGAUUAGAAGUAAGGCUGAUUGCCCAACCAUGGAGGCCCAGACCACACUGACUACAAAUGAUAUUGUAAUUAGUAAACUGACUCAGAUUCUUUCCUAUCUGAGGCAAGGCACUCGUAAUAAAAAGCUCAAGAAAAAGGAUAAAGGGAAACUGGAUGAGAAGAAACCCCCAGAGGCAGACAUGAAUAUUUUUGAAGAUAUUGGUGAUUAUGUACCGACUGCGGCAAAAGUGCCACGAGAAAAGGAACGAGAGAGAUACAGGGAACGGGACCGAGAACGGGAGAGAGAGAGAGACAGGGAACAUGAACGAGAUCGUGAACGGGAAAGAGAAAGGGAACGUGAAGAGGAGAAGAAGAGGCACAGCUACUUUGAGAAACCCAAAGCUGAUGAUGAACCUAAUGAUAUAGAUAAAGGACCUGGCUCAGCCAAAGAGUUGAUUAAAUCAAUCAAUGAAAAGUUUGCUGGUGCUACUGGCUGGGAAGGGACAGAACCAUUAAAAAAAACUGAAGAUAAAAAGCAAGUGGGUGACUUCUUUGGAAUGUUAAACAGCUAUGCCGAAUGCUACCCUGCAACAAUGGAUGCCAUGGCUGUGGAUAGUGAUGAAGAAGUAGAUUAUAGUAAAAUGGAUCAGGGAAACAAAAAAGGACCUCUGGGUCGUUGGGACUUCGACACACAGGAAGAAUAUAGCGAGUACAUGAAUAACAAAGAGGCUCUACCCAAAGCAGCGUUCCAAUACGGAAUCAAGAUGUCUGAAGGCCGUAAAACACGUCGUUUCAAAGAGACCAAUGACAAAGCUGAACUGGAUCGGCAGUGGAAAAAGAUUAGUGCAAUCAUUGAAAAAAGAAAGAAGAUGGAAGCUGAUGGGGUUGAGGUGAAGAGACCAAAAUACUGACGCUGCCAGGAGGCUUUGAUUCCUUCAGUUGUAUUUCAAAAGCUCAGCUCUAGUGGAGAUUUGAUUCUGAUGGACUAGUCACUGGAACAAGCCCACCUUGCUUCCUGCUUACAUAUGAAUAUGAAGGGCAGCUCCUGAUUGCAAUGAAACUUUUUAGAUGCUUUUUUCCUUCUCUGCAGCACAUGUUCCCCAAGGGCUUGCACUUUGGAUUUGUACUGCAAUAAAAACUGCUAAAAUGUUAAUGUUACAGAAUUCUUAUUGUAUUCCUUGAAUACAUGGCAAUGUGGGGCAGGUAAAAUUGGGGGGGGAGGUUUUCUUUAUACAGAAAGUAAUAUGAAUGGUCUUGUUAGUAGUAUUUGCUAUUAUUGAAAUACAUCCUGAUGUGAACUUACAUAGCAUAUUCUGCCUAUUAGGAAAAAUCUUUGUCUUCAUCGUUACUUACUACUACUAUAGUUUCUGCCUAUCUUGUACAGAGUAGGUGUGCACCAAGCUCCCUCAAUUAAACAUUAUCAUCUUGUGAGACCAAGGAAGUACAGUAUGCCUGCUCUGCCACUGACACUGCCCUCUGGAACAGCAUCCUCACGGACACAGAUAGCACCCUUUCCUCUUGGAUUUCAGAAUGCCCUUAAGACUUGGCUCUGUUCCUCUGGAGCACUUUAAUAUUUUAUUAGUACUGUUGUUUAUAGUCUGGGUUGCCAUGUCAUGCUUCAUAUUUUUAAACUGUUUUAACUGUAUAUUUGGAUACUGUAAAGCUUCCAGAGUUAGCCGCAAUAAAAAAGAAAUAACAAUAAAAUACAAAUAUUUUAAUUAAAUGAAUUAAAAUUGCCACAAUUAAGUCAUUAAAGCUAAUAGAAAUAUUAAUCCAAUAUAAACAGGAGUAAACAUUUCAAAUAUUUGCUUAAUGAUCAUGAAUGAAGAGGCAAUAAUACUUUCCUCAGUUGUUGAAUCCCCACUAAUAAUUUUUAAAGAUUGGUCUUACAACUUAAACUUUCUGAGGACGUGUCUGCAAGUUUUCCUACUUGUUGUUGGAUUCUAAUAGUUAAACAUUAACAUUUGCUUGUCAGUGUUGCCAUUCUCUACAUAAUAAAUAAAUCACAAUCAUUAAGUGGUAA